CCAACACUGUCUGACCGGAUGCUCCGAUCACACAACAGAUGAUUACUGACUCUCUUACAGCAGUGAACAUAUCUCAACAUAUCAACACUCUGCUCCUUCUGUAUGUAACUUACAGUAGGUGACGCAGCUUAUGUUUUCAUUUUUAUUCAUUAGGUUUUUACAGGUUUUUACGCGGAACUCUUGAACGCAGCAUAGACCGCGGAGGCGAGGCGGGGCGUUUAAGUUACCUGCGAAAAAUAAAACAGGGCGGAUUAAAGGUGUAGACCGUCCAUCCUCGCCGAGCCACCCUGAGCAGCUGGACCGCUUGACAGAGCAGAGAGACGCGGCUGAACACAAGAGACAGAGACGAGGCUUCUUCCUCCGCAGCUGCUUGUUUUGUGAACAAAGUGUCGUCGAGCAGGACUUUGCUGCUGCAAACACGGACACAGAAAGACGAACCGAGCUCACCUACAGUGCCUGCAGCUGAAACCCAGCUACCAUGACGGACGCAGACAUGUUCCUGUAUGGGGACCGCAGUGGGAUGAACAACCCCAUGGCCCAGGCCGACUGGGCCACCAAGAAGCUGGUGUGGGUCCCCUCUGAGAAGCUGGGCUUCGAGGCCGGCUCCAUCAAGGAGGAGCAUGGAGAUGAGUGUGUGGUGGAGCUGACGGACUCUGGCAAGAAGGUGAAGAUAAAUAAGGAUGACAUUCAGAAGAUGAACCCACCCAAGUUCAGUAAGGUGGAGGACAUGGCGGAGCUCACCUGCCUGAACGAGGCCUCCGUGCUGCACAACCUGAAGGAGAGAUACUACUCUGGACUCAUCUAUACAUACUCCGGUCUCUUCUGCGUGGUGGUCAACCCAUACAAGUACCUGCCCAUCUACACUGAGGAGAUAGUGAACAUGUACAAGGGCAAGAAGAGACAUGAGAUGCCCCCUCACAUCUACGCCAUCACAGACACGGCCUACAGGAGCAUGAUGCAGGACCGCGAGGACCAGUCCAUCCUCUGCACUGGGGAAUCAGGAGCAGGGAAAACAGAAAAUACCAAGAAAGUCAUUCAGUAUCUUGCCCAUGUUGCCUCAUCUUUCAAGUCCAAGAAAGAUCAGGGCAAUGCAGUUUUCUCACAUGGGGAACUGGAGAAACAGCUGCUGCAAGCAAACCCCAUCCUGGAGGCCUUCGGCAAUGCGAAGACCGUCAAGAACGACAACUCCUCAAGAUUCGGAAAAUUCAUCAGGAUCAACUUUGACGUCAAUGGAUACAUCGUUGGAGCCAACAUUGAAACUUAUCUGCUGGAGAAGUCUCGGGCCAUCCGACAAGCUAAAGAGGAGAGGAGCUUCCACAUCUUCUACUACAUGCUGACAGGAGCAGGGGACAAGCUGCGCUCCGAGUUGUGUCUGGAAGAUUACAGCAAGUACCGUUUCCUGUCCAAUGGAAACGUGAAAAUUCCUGGUCAGCAGGACAAGGACAUGUUCACUGAAACCAUGGACGCCUUUCAGAUCAUGAGCAUCCCAGAAGAGGAAAUAACUGGUCUGUUGAAGGUGGUGUCGGCCGUGCUGCAGUUGGGGAACAUGACCUUCAAGAAGGAGCGUAACUCUGACCAGGCCUCCAUGCCUGAUGACACCGCUGCCCAGAAAGUGUGUCACCUGCUGAGCAUCAAUGUGACGGACUUCACACGAGCCAUCCUGUCUCCCAGAAUCAAGGUUGGCAGGGACUAUGUCCAGAAGGCCCAGACCCAGGAGCAGGCUGAGUUUGCUGUCGAGGCUCUGGCCAAAGCCUCUUAUGAGAGGAUGUUCCGCUGGCUGGUGUUGAGGAUCAAUAAAGCCCUGGACAAGACCAAGAGACAGGGAGCCUCCUUCAUUGGCAUCCUUGAUAUCGCUGGAUUUGAGAUCUUUGAGUUGAACUCAUUUGAGCAGCUGUGUAUCAACUACACCAAUGAGAAGCUGCAGCAGCUCUUCAACCACACCAUGUUCAUCCUGGAGCAGGAGGAGUACCAGAGGGAGGGCAUCGAGUGGAGCUUCAUCGACUUCGGCCUCGACCUGCAGCCCUGCAUCGACCUCAUUGAAAAACCUGCCGGUCCUCCAGGCAUCCUGGCUCUGCUGGACGAAGAGUGCUGGUUCCCCAAAGCCACAGACAAGAGCUUUGUGGAGAAGGUGGUUCAGGAGCAGGGAACACACCCCAAGUUCCAGAAACCCAAGAAACUCAAGGACGACGCUGAUUUCUGCAUUAUACACUAUGCUGGAAAGGUGGACUACAAAGCAGACAACUGGCUGCUGAAAAACAUGGAUCCUCUGAAUGAGUGUGUGGCCACUUUGCUCAACCAGUCUACAGACAAAUUUACCGCUGACCUGUGGAGAGACAUGGACCGUAUUGUUGGCCUGGAUAAGGUGGCAGGAAUGUCGGACUCCAUGCACGGUGCGUUCAAAACCCGUAAGGGCAUGUUCCGCACCGUGGGGCAGCUGUACAAGGAGCAGCUGGGUAACCUCAUGGCCACGCUCAGGAACACCAACCCCAACUUCGUCCGCUGCAUCAUCCCCAACCACGAGAAGAAGGCUGGUAAACUGGAGUCUCACCUGGUUCUGGACCAGCUGAGGUGUAAUGGAGUCCUAGAGGGGAUUCGCAUCUGCAGACAGGGUUUCCCCAACCGCAUCGUCUUCCAGGAGUUCAGACAGAGGUAUGAAAUCCUCACUCCGAAUUCCAUUCCAAAGGGCUUUAUGGAUGGCAAGCAAGCCUGUGUGCUCAUGAUCAAAGCUCUGGAGCUGGACCCAAACCUGUACCGCAUCGGUCAAAGUAAAGUGUUCUUCAGAGCCGGAGUCCUGGCCCACCUGGAGGAGGAGAGAGACAUGAAGAUCACUGAUGUGAUCAUCAGCUUCCAGGCCUGGUGCAGAGGAUAUGUGGCCCGCAAAGCCUUUACCAAGAGACAGCAGCAGCUGACCGCCAUGAAAGUUAUCCAGAGGAACUGUGCUGCUUACCUCAAACUCAGGAACUGGCAGUGGUGGAGGCUUUUCACCAAGGUGAAGCCUCUGCUGCAAGUGACUCGGCAGGAGGAGGAGAUGGUGGCCAAAGAGGAGGAGCUGGUCAAGGUGAAGGAGAGACAACUGCAGACUGAGGAGCAGCUCAAAGAAUAUGAGACCAAGCAUCAACAGUUGACGGCGGAGAAGUUAGCUCUUCAAGAGCAGCUGCAGGCAGAGACGGAGCUGUGUGCGGAGGCUGAGGAGAUGAGAGCCCGCCUGGCCACCAGGAAGCAGGAGCUGGAGGAGAUCCUGCAUGACCUGGAAUCCCGCCUGGAGGAGGAGGAAGAGAGGGUCACCCAGAUGCAAACAGAGAGAAAGAAGAUGCAGCAGAACAUCACGGACCUGGAGCAGCAGCUGGACGAGGAGGAAGCAGCCAGGCAGAAGCUUCAGAUGGAGAAGGUCACCACGGACGCCAAGCUGAAGAAGCUAGAGGAGGACGUCAUGGUGCUGGACGACCAGAACAGCAAGCUCAACAAGGAGAAGAAACAGCUGGAGGAGAGGAUCUCAGAGUUCACCACCAACUUGGCCGAGGAGGAAGAGAAGUCCAAAAGUUUGCAGAAACUCAAGAAUAAACACGAAGCCAUGAUCACAGAUUUGGAGGAUCGUCUCAGAAAAGAGGAGAAAGUGCGUCAGGAGUUGGAGAAGAAUCGUCGUAAACUUGAGGGAGACUCCACUGAGCUCCAUGACCAGAUUGCAGACCUGCAGGCCCAGAUCGCUGAUCUCCGAGCUCAGCUGGCUAAGAAGGAGGAGGAACUCCAUGCUGCACUGGCCAGGAUUGAGCAGGAGGCUGCAGCCAAGAACUCGGCCCAGAAGAAGAUCAGGGAGCUGGAGGCUCAGAUCUCCGAGCUGCAGGAGGAUCUGGAGCUGGAGAAGCAGGCGCGCACCAAGGCUGAGAAACACCGCAGGGACCUGGGAGAGGAGCUGGAGGCCCUCAAGACUGAGCUGGAGGAUACUUUGGACUCCACUGCAGCACAGCAGGAGCUGAGGUCCAAGCGUGAGAUGGAGGUCACCCAGCUGAAGAAGAAUCUGGAAGAAGAGGCCAAGAUCCACGAGCAGCAGAUGGCUGACAUGAGACAAAAACACAAUCAGGCAUUCGAAGAGCUCAACGAACAGCUGGAACAGGCCAAAAGGAACAAGGUGUCUGUGGAGAAAGCCAAGCAGGCGCUGGAGAGUGAGUGGAACGAGCUGCAGAUCGAGAUGAAGACUCUGACACAAGGCAAAGGGGAGUCUGAACACCGUCGCAAGAAGGCCGAGGCCCAGGUUCAAGAACUACAGGUCAAAUACGGAGAAAGUGAACGACAGAGGCAGGAGGUGGCCAACAAGAUGGCCAAGAUCCAGCUGGAGCUAGACAACGUAAACAGCCUCCUGAGUCAAGCGGAGGGCAAGAACAUCAAAACCAGCAAAGAUCUUUCUUCUACAGAGUCUCAGCUGCAGGAUGCACAGAAGUUGCUCCAAGAAGAGACUCGUCAGAAGCUGGCCCUCUCCACCCGCCUGAAGCAGCUGGAGGACGAACAGAACAGCCUGCGGGAGAUGCUGGAGGAAGAGGAAGAGGGCAAGAAGAACUUGGAGAAGCAGGUCUCCACUCUGCAGGCCCAGCUGGCAGAGAUGAAGAAGAAGCUGGAACAUGAGGCCUCGUCCGUGGAGGGGGCGGAGGAGGGACGCAAGCGAAGCCAGCGGGAGCUGGAAAGCAUAACGCAGCAGCUGGAGGAGAAGACCACAGCCUACGACAAACUGGACAAGACAAAAACCCGUUUACAGCAGGAGCUGGAUGACCUCAUAGUGGACCAGGACCACCUGAGGCAGAUCGUCUCCAGCCUGGAGAAGAAGCAGAAGAAGUUUGACCAGAUGCUGGCCGAGGAGAAAACAAUUUCUACUCAGUAUGCAGAGGAGCGCGACAAGGCCGAGGCUGAGGCCAGGGAGAAGGAAACGCGAGCUCUGACACUGGCCCGCGAGCUGGAGACCAUGACGGACCUAAAAGACGAGUUGGACCGGGCCAAUAAGUUGCUCAAAGCUGAGAUGGAAGACUUGGUCUCCUCCAAGGAUGAUGUCGGCAAGAGUGUUCAUGAGCUGGAGAAGUCAAAGCGUGCCAUGGAGCAGCAGCUGGAGGAGAUGAAAGUACAGCUGGAGGAGCUGGAGGAUGAGCUGCAGGCCACGGAGGACGCCAAACUGCGUCUGGAGGUCAACAUGCAGGCCAUGAAGGCCCAGUUUGACCGAGACCUGCAGGCCAGAGAUGAGCAGGGAGAGGAGAGGAGGAAACAGCUGGUUAAACAGGUGCGUGAGAUGGAGGUCGAGCUGGAAGAUGAACGCAGGCAGCGUAGUCAGGCCCUCUCAUCCAAGAAGAAACUGGAGAUGGACCUGGCAGAGCUCGCACUCCAGAUCGAUGCUGCUAACAAGGGCCGCGAUGAGGCCCUCAAACAGCUGAAAAAACUCCAGGCCCAAAUGAAAGAUCUGAUGAGAGAGCUGGAUGAGCUGCGUUUGUCCAGAGAAGAAGCCAUCAACGGGGCCAAGGAGACUGAGAAGAAGCUCAAGGCCAUGGAGGCAGACGCCCUGCACUUCCAGGAGGAUCUGGCCACAGCAGAGAGAGUCAAGAAACAAGUUCAGACCGAGAGAGAUGAGCUCCAGGACGAGAUUAACAGCACCAACACCAAGAACUCUCUGCUGGCAGAUGAGAAGAGGAGGCUGGAGGCUCGUAUCACCAAGCUGGAGGAGGAGCUGGAGGAAGAGCAGCUCAACACCGAGAUGGUCAACGAUCGUCUGAAGAGAACCACACUGCAGACUGAGCAGUUGACCACAGAGCUGGCUGCAGAGCGCAGCUCCUCCCAGCGGCUGGAGGGGGCUCGUUCCCAGCUGGAACGCCAGAACAAGGAGCUGAAACUGAAGCUGCAGGAGCUCGAGGGAAUCAUCAAGUCCAAGAACAAAUCCUCCAUCACCACCCUGGAGGCCAAGAUCGCUCAGCUGGAGGAACAGCUCGACAUAGAGUCAAAGGAGCGUCAGCAGUCCUCCAGGCUGGCCAAGCGGACAGAGAAGAAGCUGAAAGAGGUGAUGCUACAGGUUGAUGACGAGAGGCGCAACACGGAGCAAUACAAAGACCAGGCGGAGAAGACGAACACCCGAAUGCGUCAGCUGAAGCGUCAGCUAGAGGAGGCAGAGGAGGAGGCGACACGAGCCAACGCCUUCCGCAGGAAGCUGCAGAGGGAACUGGAGGAUGCCACUGAGUCAGCAGACGCUAUGAACCGUGAAGUCAGCACUCUGAAGAGCAAGCUCAGACGUGGGGACUUGCCUUUCAAUAUGCGGCGUACCUUGAAUCGCACUGGCCUGGACAGCGAUGAGGAUGUGGAAGUGCAAGUUGAGGCAUCCGAGCCUGCAGCUGAGUGAACGGAAGAAAGCCAAGAGGGAAAUAUUAUUAUAAUGACCACAGUCCACAUGCAGAUAUAGUAAAACAUUAGCCAUGCAAGCUAUCAAGUAAGACUUUUUGUGAGAGGAUUUAGCUUUGUAUUGACACUCAUCUUAUAGCCUUACUGUUACUUUCUAUAUAAUGCAUUUAUAUUUGGCCAAAUUAUCAUAUUCAUCUCAGUGAAUGUGAGUGGUGUUUUUCUACUAAGGCUUCACACAUACUUUUCUUGGUCUAUUUUUCUACUUGAUAGGUAUAUUAUAAAAUAUUGCUCUUGUAACAAGCCAUUGCAAUUUCAUUGUAUUUGUGCUUGAGGUUUAUGUGCUGUUACUGUACCAUAUUUGGGGAAAACACUGGACGUUUUAUGCUUGUUUUGCACACAAACAUGGGUCUUUUUGGGGGGCGAGUUUUGAUGCAGUUACAAACUGUGGUUCAUAUUUGCUAGUGUCAGUAUAAAACUAUGCAUCUGUACUGUAUGUUUUUCCUCUCACUGUGUUAUCCUGUCAUGUUAUUACCUCAACCAAUUUUGCACAAUGCCAACACAGACGAAACAGAAACUGUUCAGUUCAUCAGAGGUGGUGUAGUCAAAAUACAGCGACGUUGGUGAAAAUGUUGGUGCAAAUUUUGUACCAUCAUCUGAUAGUUUGGUUGAUGUAUCAUUUCUCACUGGUUUUACACUUAUUGAUUGUUGGUGGUGGGUCAUCAUGUAGUAGCUCUCACUGUACUAUGUUUUGUGCUUUGGGGAUUCUAUUAGCACAUUAGCCUCUGAAUGAUUUGCCAGAGUUGAAUCCUGCAUAUUUUAGAUUUAAGUAUGAUACCCUAACACUGUAUUAUGAAACAAAUAACAUGUCAUAUUGAUGCCAAUAUUUGAAGGCUAUUCUAUAUUUUAUCAAAUGCCUUAAUGCAAUAAAUUGACCAAAUAUCAAAUGCA